AAAAAUGUUCAAACGUCAAAAUCAAAAUAUCAAAAUAGUUGCAUGCGAAAAAAGUGCAGGAACGAUAAUUCCUGUAUAAACUUAAUGACGGAUUUAUGAGAUUUGGGGUUGCAAAUUUGCAAUCUUGGAGCUAGGAUGGCUACUACAGGAUAUGAGCAUGAUGCCGAUGGUUGUAAGUUUAUACCAGCGUCACAACGUCCCGACGGUACUUGGCGCAAACCUCGGAGGAUAAGAGAAGGUUAUGUCCCCCAGGAAGAAGUUCCGUUAUACGAAAGCAAGGGCAAACAAUUCAAGGCUCGUCAAAACACAGGAUUACCUGUAGGUCUAACACCAGAAAUUGUGGCCCAAGCUCAGAAAAAGAAAGGACAAGGAGGUACAAUACAACCCAUACCUGGUAUGAUAAUAAAUGUAGAAAAGAAGAAGAAGAAAAAGAAGUCAGGAGUAGAAGAAGCAGCAGACAAGUUAUCUAAAUGUGAAAUAAUAGAACCUAAAUUUAGUACUCCAACACCUUCCUCAAAUAACUCCACACCAAGUUCGGACCCAGCAAAGAGAUUAAAGAAUCUAAGAAAGAAAUUGAGAGAAAUUGAAAUGCUUGAAGAAAAAAUAAAGUCUGGAAUGUUGAAAACUCCAGAUAAGGAUCAAAAAGAAAAAUUGUCAAAGAAAAAUGACAUAGUUAUGGAGAUAGAGAAAUUAGAGAUUGCUAGUGAAUAAGUUAAUUAAAGAGAACGCCAAAAUGGAGUAAAACAUAAUUUACACUAUAAGAUAUAUUGACAAUGAAAUAAUUUUACCAUCACUGCCUGAAACUGAGGAUCAUGAGAGCAAUAUGUGUUUUAUUCAAUUAUAAUUUAUUUACAAUCGUCAAACAUAUUUCAAU